AUGUUGACUUCAUUCCGUAAUCAAGUGAGAAGCUCAGCAGUGACAAAGAGAUUAUUAUCUUCAUCUUCAGUUAGAUCUCAAGUUAUUGGAUCAAAUGUCAAAGGUCAAGAUUUCAAUGCUGCCAAGUAUAUGAGCCAAAAAUACCAUGUCGUUGACCACGAAUAUGACUGUGUUGUCGUUGGUGCUGGUGGUGCUGGUUUGAGAGCAGCUUUUGGUUUAGUCUCUGAAGGUUUCAAAACCGCUUGUGUUUCUAAAUUGUUCCCAACCAGAUCACAUACUGUUGCUGCUCAAGGUGGUAUUAAUGCUGCUUUGGGUAAUAUGCACCCAGAUGACUGGCAUUGGCAUUUCUAUGAUACCGUUAAAGGUUCUGAUUGGUUAGGUGACCAAGAUGCUAUUCAUUACAUGACCAAAGAAGCUCCAGCUUCUAUUUAUGAAUUGGAACAUUAUGGUGUCCCAUUCUCUAGAAAUGAUGAAGGUAGAAUUUAUCAAAGAGCCUUUGGUGGUCAAUCUAAAGAAUUUGGUAAAGGUGGCCAAGCUUACAGAACUUGUGCUGUUGCCGAUAGAACUGGUCAUGCCUUGUUGCAUUCCUUAUAUGGUCAAUCCUUGAGACACGACUGUCAUUUCUUCAUUGAAUUCUUCGCCAUGGAUUUGAUGAUGAAAGAUGGUGCUUGUAUUGGUAUCAUUGCUUAUAAUGAAGAAGAUGGUACUUUGCACAGAUUCUUUGCUAACAGAACCAUUAUGGCUACUGGUGGUUACGGUAGAGCUUACUUCUCUUGUACUUCUGCUCACACUUGUACUGGUGAUGGUUACGCUAUGGUUUCUAGAGCUGGUUUGCCUUUAGAAGAUUUGGAAUUCGUUCAAUUCCAUCCAUCUGGUAUUUAUGGUUCCGGUUGUCUUAUUACUGAAGGUGCUAGAGGUGAAGGUGGUUUCUUGGUCAACUCUGAAGGUGAAAGAUUUAUGGAAAGAUACGCUCCAUCUGCCAAAGAUUUAGCUUCCAGAGAUGUUGUUUCUAGAGCUAUUACUAUGGAAAUUAACGAAGGCAGAGGUGUUGGUCCAGAAAAGGAUCACAUGUACUUACAAUUGAGUCAUAUUCCAGCUCCAGUGUUGAAAGAAAGAUUACCAGGUAUUUCUGAAACUGCCCACAUUUUCGCCGGUGUUGAUGUUACUAAAGAACCAAUUCCUAUCUUACCAACUGUUCAUUACAAUAUGGGUGGUAUUCCAACCAACUGGAAAGGUGAAGUUUUGAAAAAGAGUGCUGAUGGUAACGAUGAAGUUGUUCCAGGUUUAUUAGCUUGUGGUGAAGCUGCUUGUGCUUCUGUCCACGGUGCCAAUAGAUUGGGUGCUAACUCCUUAUUGGAUUUGGUUGUUUUUGGAAGAGCUGUUGCUCACACUAUUAGAGAUAAUUUGCAACCAGGUACUCCAAUUCCAGACCACGCUAAAGAUAUUGGUUAUGAAUCAAUUGCCAACUUGGACAAACUCAGAAACGCUAAUGGUUCCAAACCAACUGCUGAUAUUAGAUUAGAAAUGCAAAAGACUAUGCAAAAGGGUUGUGCUGUGUUUAGAACUCAAGAAACUUUGGACCAAUGUGUGGAGCAUAUUGGUGAAGUGGACAAGAGCUUUGAAGACGUCAAGACUACUGACCGUUCUAUGAUUUGGAACUCAGAUUUGGUUGAAACUUUAGAAUUACAAAACUUGUUAACUUGUGCCACUCAAACUGCUGCAUCAGCUGCUGCUAGAACAGAAUCAAGAGGUGCUCAUUCCAGAGACGAUUUCCCAGAUAGAGAUGAUGUUAACUGGAGAAAACACACCUUAUCUUACCAAGAAACCGUUGGCGGUCCAGUGAGAUUGGAUUAUAGAGAUGUUGUCAAGACCACAUUGGACGAAAACGAUUGUAAACCAGUCCCACCAGCCAAGAGAGUGUAUUAG